UGCCGCAUUGUCAAUUCUGGGAAGAAAAGAAGAGCCGCAUAUCCUUUGAUUUUUUUUUCACUCGUCUUUAUAUGGCACUUUUUAAAAGUACAGAUUUAGAUCAAUUAUAAGAGUCACAGAACACAAGUUCGACGAACAAAAUACCGCGCACAGUGAGAAUGGCAAAUUCAUAGAAAUGAUUCAUUCUCAGAAAACACAUCACCCCCUCUGGAAACGUUCUUUCUCGCCUGGUUAUAUUUUUUCCGAUCUUUAAAAGGUAUUCUAGGAAACGUAGACGGGGUUAUUGUAAUGAAUUCUUUGGGUAAUAUAUUGGCAACCUUCUAGAAGCUCCUCUGAAGGUUAUUAUUUUUGAUAACCUCUAAGGAGCGUUACCUAAAGUUAAUAUUUAAAUUUAAAUAUAUAUACAUAGUUAAAAAAAAAACCUGGUAAAUGGUUUCACAAACAAUAAAAUUCCGGAAUGUCCAUUUAAAAAAAGAGACUAAACUUUUUAUCAUUGUAUGAAUGCACAAAGCAUUGUAUAAUUUAAUUAUUGCCUUUAUUUUCGACAAAGAUUUAAAUCCUUUUUUGAAAAUAGAAAAAUAUGGCAGUCAUUGAUAAUAUUAACCCGAGGCUUUUAGCUUUUAGUCAAAUUUUAAUGUUUUAAUGGCGACAAAAGUUGCUCAAUAACUAGCAGAUAAUCAUAAUAAUCGAGGCACAGACACCAAAACAUUUCCUGUUGGUGUCUGAAUGGAGUUUCAGUGAUUAGCCGCGUGGUUUUCUGUUGCAGCCUCCGGGCUGCAGGGGGCGCCGGAGAAAUCCUGGGAAAUAUCUCGGAAGUCAAUACCACGUGAAGGAUGUUUGACUUGUUUUCACCGGUGCACUGCUGUGCAGGCACACAAAUGUGUCGGUCUGUUUUUAUUUAAGACAUUGUGGGAAACGUGGAGGUGUUUUAUUGUGACGUUAUGCGAUAACUUGCCGUCACUAUGCCAGCAACAAACAGAAAAGCGCAGAAGAAGGGGAGGGACAUCGCCGUGCAGGGAACCAAUGACAGCAGUGUGGUGAGCAAAGUGUCUGCUGCAGCACAGGGCUACUUCAACGACGCCUUCCUUCAACACUUUGUGUGCAAAGUGGCCAGGAGAGCGCCGCUUAUCAACAGGGGCUAUUAUGUGCGCUGGAAAGCUGUGGACCACUGUGUGAGGAAAUUCCUUCAGAUUACAGAAAAAUGCCCUGAAAGACAGAUCUUGUCUUUGGGUGCGGGCUUCGACUCUUUGUAUUUCCGCCUACGUGGAGAUGGAGCUCUGAGCGGGGCUGUUGUGUUUGAGGUAGAUUUUCCUGAUGUCUCUCAGCGCAAGGCUGCCCUCAUCACUUCUAAUAUAACACUAAGGGGGAUGAUAGACUCCCAGUCACUGUCACUUACAGGACCUGUCUAUGUGUCCAGCAGUCAGUACCGUCUGUUAGGAGUGGAUGUUAGAGAGGAGUCCAAGGUGGAAGAGGCUCUGCGUGUAGCUGGGCUGGACUGGGCUGCCCCUACCCUGAUUCUUUCUGAAGUGGUGCUCACCUACAUGGAAACACAAUGGUCUGAUGCCAUCAUUGGUUGGGCAGCAAAGCUCCUGCCACAGUCUCUCUUUGUUAUGUAUGAGCAGAUCCAUCCGCACGAUCCCUUUGGUCAGAUCAUGCAGGAGCAUUUCCAGAAACUCAAUUCAACUCUGCAUGCACUUCGACAAUACCCAGACACCGCCGCACAAAGGCACCGCUUCCUGGACAAGGGCUGGGAGGAGUGCGUGUGCCUGGAUAUGAAUAAUUUCCUCUUCGGGCUGGUCCCUGAGGAGGAGAGAUGCAGAUUGGAGAGCCUGGAGCCUUUUGAUGAAUAUGAGGAGUGGCACCAGAAAUGUUCCCAUUACUUCAUCCUUACUGCAUCUCGAGGCUCUUUGAUGGCACAGGCUUUACUCCCUCGAGCUCCAGAAUCUCCUGUGCCAUCUGUUGGCCCUUCUUGGAGCACAACAGCCCUGAGUGUUCGGACCACACCGGUAUGCGUGGAGGGGCUGGGGAUGGCUUCUGCGUCAGUGAGGCCAGGGUGGGUCCUGCUAACAGGAGGCUCCAGCAGAGGAGGCAGAAGAGCAGCGAUCAGACUCCUGCUCAGAGAACAGGAAGGCUGGAGGUCCGUCAGUGUGGAGCCAUCAGCAGAUGUUGGUGUGCGACUUUACCACACAGUUACCCCUAUACCUGGAGUGGGUGCUGUGGUAUUUGGAGGUCGCUCCUCUCCACUCAACCCGGUCAGAAGCCUUUUCAAAAUGACCUUUAGCCUCUGUGGUGCUCUGGAGUCAGGGGGCCAAGAUGCACCGAAGCUUUGUAUGGAGGAGAUGAUGUGUACAGGCAGUCCACCACCGCCAAGAUGGAGGCACUCUGCUACCCUAACCAGACACAGAGGCAGAGAGUUUGUGUUUGUGUUUGGUGGAAAGAACCAAUCAGGGGCAGUUUUGGGUGACGGAUACUUCCUGAGUGUCGACCAGCAGCACUGGACUGAGAUCCCAGUAGAGGGUGUAGCACCAGAGGCUCGUCACUCUCACUCUGCAUGCUCAUAUAAAGGUGGUGGUGUGGUGUUUGGAGGGCUGAGCAGAGCAGGAGUGCCCCUGGAUGACAUGGUAAUCCUGACACCAACUGAAAGAGGCUUCUGUUGGGAGAGAAUAGAUGUACAGCCCCCUCCUGUACCCAGAUACUCUCACUGUGCCCAUGUGAGUGGUGAGAAGCUGGUUGUGGUAGGUGGAGUCUGGCUGCAUUCAGACGGCGUGCCAGGCGUUGUUGUGAUCAACAUCACCACGUGCAGCAGUAUGGAGUACAGUCUGGACACGACCUCAGUGCCCUGGCCUCUGAUGCUCCACUCAUUUUGCUCUGAGAUGACGGACUCAGAAGAUCCAGAGCUGCUCUUGAUAGGUGGAGGAGGAAACUGUUUCUCUUUUGGGACUCACUGGAACCCUCAGCCUGUCACUGUGGACCUCAAACUCAUGCUGGGCUGAAUCAGCCUUGAGUAUUUCCAAAAUAAAGUACCAAAGGGUGGACUUAUGUCAAGUCUGUUGAAGGGUCCAGACAAGUGCCUGCUUCCUAUUGUAAUUUUCAUAAUUAUGUAAGAAAACCUCUCAUAUUGACCGAGCAGCAACCUCCAGGGUGCCGAAGCAGAAGUGCCCGAAACUGUAGUUCCUCUAGUGGCCACUCGAGGCAGAGACUCCCAUAUUAUAAUGUUCAACUUUACAGCAGAAAUAAACAUUUCUACAACCUGUUCCAGAGAUAUGUUUUGUCUUUAUAACUUAUUUCUUCCUUUAACUAUACAGACCCCAUAUAUAAUUUAAGGGGUUUCAGGGCUGUGACUGACUUGCCCAUAGCUGCUAGCUGUCAACAAAGUGCUUUCUCAUAGGGGGUCAUAUGAUUGUUGGGUUUUUCUCUGUAUCUAUUAUUGUACGAUCUACUGUGCAUUAUAAAGCGCUUUGAGGCGACUGUUGUUGUGAUUUGGCGCUGUAUAAAUAAAAUUGAAUUGAAAUAUAAUACGACUUUAACAGCCUGCUAGAAGUCUGUGUAUUUUUUUUAUUUUUUAUAUAUUGCUGAAAUUAGCAUGUUGCAACAGUUUGAUAGAUUGGUAUGAAGUGAUGAUCUCCGAAUGGACGGGUGGGUUUUUAAACUAA